GGUCUUCUUGUGGGUACUCUGGAUGUGGUGCUGGACUCCAGUGCCCGCGUGGCUCCUUACCGCAUUCUGCAUCAGACCCAGGACUCACAAGUCUAUUGGACAGUAGCAUGCGGUUCUUCUCGCAAAGAAAUCACAAAACACUGGGAAUGGCUGGAAAAUAACCUACUCCAGACGCUGUCCAUAUUUGACAAUGAGGAAGAUAUCACCACCUUUGUCAAAGGCAAGAUACAUGGCAUCAUUGCAGAAGAGAACAAGAACUUGCAGCCCCAGGGAGAUGAGGACCCUGGGAAAUUCAAGGAGGCCGAGCUCAAGAUGCGCAAACAGUUUGGGAUGCCUGAGGGGGAAAAGCUGGUCAACUACUACUCCUGCAGCUACUGGAAGGGCCGAGUGCCCCGGCAGGGCUGGCUCUAUCUGACCGUCAACCACCUGUGCUUCUACUCCUUCCUGCUGGGGAAGGAAGUGAGCCUGGUGGUGCAGUGGGUGGACGUCACACGGCUAGAGAAGAAUGCCACCCUGCUCUUCCCUGAGAGCAUCCGUGUGGACACCCGGGACCAGGAGCUCUUCUUCUCCAUGUUCCUCAACAUCGGUGAGACCUUCAAGCUCAUGGGGCAACUGGCCAACCUGGCCAUGCGGCAGCUGCUGGACAGUGAGGGCUUCCUGGAAGACAAGGCGCUGCCCAGGCCUGCCCGGCCACACAGAAACAUCUCGGCACUAAAGCGAGAUUUGGACGCCCGGGCCAAGAAUGAGUGCUACCGAGCCACAUUCCGGCUGCCGAAAGAUGAGCGCCUAGAUGGCCACACGGACUGCACCCUGUGGACCCCCUUCAACAAACUGCAUAUCCCUGGCCAGAUGUUCAUCUCUGGCAACUACAUCUGCUUUGCCAGCAAGGAGGAGGACGCUUGCCACCUCAUCAUACCCCUGCGAGAGGUGACCAUUGUCGAAAAAGCUGAUAGCUCCAGUGUCUUGCCCAGCCCUUUGUCCAUAAGCACCAAGAGCAAAAUGACCUUCCUGUUUGCCAACCUAAAAGACCGGGAUUUCUUGGUUCAGAGGAUCUCUGACUUCCUCCAGAAAACAUCACCCAAGCAGCUGGGCAGCAGCAGUGGGAGCAGAAAAGCCAACAGCAUGGACCCGGCUCCAGAGUCUUCUGAAGCAUCCCGCAAGGCCCUGGAAGAGCCCGCCAGCUUGUCCUCAACCCUUAGCGGCCGCCACAUCUCCCGUGCACAGGAGGCACCAACCGCUUCCCAGGGUCUGCUUAAACUCUUCCAGAGAAACACGCACAUGGAGGAUCUGGGAGCCAAGGGGGCCAAGGAGAAGAUGAAAGAGGAGUCGUGGAACAUCCACUUCUUUGAGUAUGGGCGCGGCAUGUGCAUGUACCGCACCGCCAAAACGCGGGAGCUGGUGCUGAAGGGCAUUCCUGAGAGCCUCCGGGGGGAACUGUGGCUCCUCUUCUCAGGGGCCUGGAAUGAGAUGGUGACCCAUCCCAACUACUAUGCUGACCUGGUAGAGAAGUCCAUGGGGAAGUACAGCCUGGCCACCGAGGAGAUCGAGCGAGACCUCCACCGCUCCAUGCCCGAGCACCCUGCCUUCCAGAAUGAGCUGGGGAUCGCUGCACUGCGGCGAGUGCUGACUGCCUAUGCCUUCCGAAACCCCACCAUUGGCUACUGCCAGGCCAUGAACAUCGUCACCUCAGUGCUGCUGCUCUAUGGCAGUGAGGAGGAGGCCUUCUGGCUGCUGGUGGCCCUCUGUGAGCGCAUGCUGCCCGACUACUACAAUACCAGGGUGGUAGGGGCCCUGGUGGACCAAGGCAUCUUUGAAGAGCUCACAAGGGACUUUCUACCCCAGCUCUCCGAGAAGAUGCAGGACCUCGGGGUCAUCUCCAGCAUCUCACUGUCCUGGUUCCUGACCCUCUUCCUCAGUGUCAUGCCCUUUGAGAGUGCCGUGGUCAUCGUCGACUGUUUCUUCUAUGAGGGCAUCAAGGUGAUCCUGCAAGUGGCCUUGGCCAUCUUGGAUGCCAACAUGGAGGAGCUGCUGGGCUGUGUGGACGAGGGCGAGGCCAUGACCAUCCUGGGCAGAUACCUGGAUAACGUGGUCAAUAAACAGAGUAUCUCUCCGCCCAUCCCACACCUCCAUGCCCUGCUGACCAGCAGGGACAGCCCCCCUGCAGAGGUGGACAUCUUUGACCUCUUGAAGGUGUCAUACGAGAAAUUCAGCAGCCUGCGCGCCGAUGACAUUGAACAGAUGCGGUUUAAACAGAGGCUGAAAGUGAUCCAGUCCCUGGAAGACACAGCCAAGAGGAGUGUGGUCCGAGCGAUACCUGGGGACAUUGGUUUCUCAAUUGAAGAGCUAGAGGACCUUUACAUGGUGUUUAAGGCCAAGUAUCUGGCAAGUCAGUACUGGGGGAGCAGCCGCCCUACAGCUGGGUGUCGGGACCCCAGCCUGCCCUACCUGGAACAGUACCGCAUAGAUGCCAGCCAGUUCCGGGACCUCUUCACCAGCUUGACACCCUGGGCCUGUGGCUCUCACACAUCUGUGUUGGCAGGACGAAUGUUUCGGCUCCUGGACGAAAACAAGGACUCACUGAUCAACUUCAAAGAGUUCGUGACAGGGAUGAGUGGGAUGUACCAUGGGGACCUGACAGAGAAGCUCAAGGCACUCUAUAAGCUACACCUGCCCCCAGCACUGAGCCCAGAGGAAACUGAAUCUGCCCUGGAAGCCACCCAUUUUUUCACCGAGGACAGCUCCUCAGAAGCAUCUCCCCUGGCCUCAGAUCUGGAUCUUUUCCUGCCCUGGGAGGCUCAAGAAGCACUACAACAGGAAGAACAAGGUGGAGCUGGCAGUGAGGACGUCCGAGACAAAACACAAGAGGAAAAGGGGACCAGCCCCCCCGACUAUCGGCACUACCUUCGAAUGUGGGCCAAGGAGAAAGAGGUUCAGAAGGAGACAAUCAAGGAUCUUCCCAAGAUGAACCAGGAGCAAUUCAUUGAGCUGUGCAAGACGCUGUAUAACAUGUUCAGUGAAGACCCCAUGGAGCAGGAGCUCUACCACGCUAUUGCCACAGUGGCCAGCCUGUUGCUCCGCAUCGGCGAGGUGGGAAAGAGGUUUUCGGUACGGCCUGGCAGGAAGCCCAGAGAUGGUGCCCCUGAGGAGGAUGAAGUGCCAACCUCCAACCCCACUCAGGACACAGCCCUGGAGCUUCAGCCACCAGCUGCAGGGGAUCCCCAGGCCAAAGCUGGUGGUGAUACCCACCUUGGGAAGGCACCGCACGAAAGCCAAGUGGUGGGCGAAGGGGGUGGUGGCGAGGGGCAGGGAUCUCCCGCCCAGCUUCUGUCUGACGACGAAACCAAAGAUGACAUGUCCAUGUCCUCCUAUUCGGUGGUCAGCACAGGCUCUCUGCAGUGUGAGGAUCUGGCUGAUGACACGGUGCUGGUGGGUGGGGAGGCCCGUAGCCCUGAGGCCACUGCUCGCUGUGGGGGCACCGUGGACACAGACUGGUGCAUCUCCUUUGAGCAGAUCCUGGCCUCCAUCCUAACGGAGUCUGUGCUGGUGAACUUCUUUGAGAAGAGGGUGGACAUUGGACUCAAGAUCAAGGACCAAAAGAAGGUGGAGAGGCAGUUCAGUACCUCCAGUGACCAUGAGCAGUCAGGGCUUUCAGGGUGAUGACUCCACUAAAUGGGGACUGGCCUCUCUCUCCUCCCUCCCUUCCUCUGUUUUCUCCCAUUCUCCCAGAAAUAAUGAGCUGUUAAGUGGAAAAAAGGCUGAACAGAUACAGGUAGGACCCAGGCAGAGUCCCCCUUAGCCCUCAUGUACCAGCCCUUGCAUGGUGUCCCAGGCCCUGUAGGCUCUGCCCCCUGCUUGCCUCUGUACUUCACGUGUGGCCAGGCCGACACUAACCCUGUUCUAGACCCAUGGGUGCUCUCCUGCAGCUGCAUGCUGCAGGGAGACUGUUCUACCAAUUGGCUCCAGAUAGAAGGGUUAUAAACCUGUCGGCCAUCAAUGUUGGGACCUCUGAGGUUUCUCCAGGAGCCCUGAGGCUGGAACUCCCAGCUGAGGGACACAGGUGGGAACCAUGCAGGUGUUACUCAAAAUGUUCUUUCAGCUUCUCCUCACCAUUAACCUUAAAGGUAAAUCCCUCAGGUCCUGACAUACUUCCUUGUUGGCUAAAAAUGACACUGUGCUCAAUGCCUUAAUAAAUCCCUGAAGGAACUAAAGCUACCGUGUACAAUCUUAAUGUGAUCUUCCACCAUAGCCUGAGGCCCUCUGGCUUCUCCCCAGUCAAGUAUAGGGCCCACUUGGAGUGCUCAAGGUUCCAGACACUCGGUCCCUCUUGAGGGUAUUCAAGGCCACCAGACAGGAUAAGCACACAAAGUGCUGAUGCAGGCAGACAAGGCCUGUGCUGGCAGGGGAAGCCCCAGCCUAUCUAAGCCUGGGAGGGGCACAGCAGGCCUGGCUGCAGCCAGCACAGGUCAGGAGGCAGACUGUAGGACCCCAGGCUAGGGGCUGGCCACUGGUCUUGCAGCAGUAGUCAGUCACUGGUUUCCUGGGUCUGCCCCCAGGAGGGCUGUUUCUGCUUUUUCACGAAAAGAUAAUCUUUACUUAUUUUAAUUAAGGCACAGUUUGCACACCAUGAAAUUCACUUUUUUUAAGUUCCAGUACUACACUGACAGAUGUGCAGCCAUCAGUACAGUAGAGAAUAUUUCUAUUGCUCCUGCAGGAUCCCUCUUGCCUGCAUGUGCCCAGUCCCUAACCCCACCCCUGGUCGAGGCAACCUCUAUCUACCUUCUGCCUCUAUAGAUUUUGAUGGCUGGUUUUUAAAAUAACAACCUCUAUCUAUGGUUUUAUCUUAGAACAGUUGGAUCACAGUCUCAAAUCAUCAGAACAACCCAGGGAAACUGUAGUACUUUCUUAGCAACAACAAAGUCAUUAAUGAACCUAAUCUCUUUCCUAGUAUUUAUACAAACUGAACAUGUAAUUUCCAAAGAUUCAUACCAGAAAGACUAUGUUCUUGGCCACAUUGAAAUUAAAUAAAGCUAUACGUGAGAAUCCCACUCCUUGGCAA